CCCGACAGCCCGUCCCCGGCGGAGCGACCCGCAACAGCUCGCGCGUGUGUCUGCCCGCAGGCCGUGCACGAAACGAUCCUGCAGCACCGCUUCCUCAUCGUGCGCAGCAAGGAGCUGCGGUGGCGGCGCGCGGACAGCCAGCGCUUCUACCAGCAGCACGCGGGGCAGUUCUUCUACCAGAGGCUGGUGGAGUUCAUGGCCAGCGGUCCCAUGCGGGCCUAUAUCCUGGCCCAUGAGGACGCCAUCCUGCUCUGGAGGUCUCUGAUGGGACCCACCAGAGUGUACCGAGCCCGCAACACAGCUCCGGACUCCAUCCGGGGAGCCUACGGCCUCACGGACACGCGGAACACCACGCACGGCUCAGACUCAGCAGCAUCAGCCAGCAAGGAAAUUGCCUUCUUCUUCCCCGAGUUUGACGAGAGGCGCUGGUAUCAGGAAGAUGAGCCACGUCUGCGCUGUGGCCAGGCACGCUACAGUGCAGAGGAGUGCAUUCACCAGGUCUGGAUGCAGGUGCAGCCCCUGGAUGCUUCAGGAAGACCAGAGCUGCUCCCAGCAGGAUGGGGCGUGCUCCCCUGUGAGCUGCCUGGGAAGGGGCAGGUGAGGACCAGCUCCAGGCAUGGCAGGUGGAGGUUGUUUGGCAGUUCUGAUGUUUAGUCACCUUUGCUGCUAGGAAACUACAUCUGUUGUCCACCUUCAGCUCCCAGCUCCAGACUUGUCUGGCCACGGCGCUGCCCUGAGUGCUCACCAGAGGCUGUGAACUGUGGGGGCCCUGAAGUCCUCCCUCAGCUGCUGCUUCCCACUGCCACCUGCCCCCUCUCAGUGCAGCUGGGUUCUUUGUUUCCAGGUGCUUUGCUUUGCAUUUGGCUGUAUUGAGCUGUGUUUUGUUGGACUGCUGAUGAAUCAGACCAUUCCAGUCCCUCUAGCAAUAAGCCGUCCUCCACAUUUA